CCGAAGCCGCGUGUGCUCCCGGCCGCGAGACCCCAGGCACCGCGAGCGCCUCCCGCCUAUUCCCGCAGCUCGCCAAGAGUCUUCAGCUGGAGGAAGAGUACCUGAGAGGCUGAGGGUCGACACUGCCGAAGAUGGAGAAGACAGACGCCAAAGACCAGUCCUUUCCGGGGAAUGAAAAGAAAGACCCUCCAAAGAGCCAUCCUUACUCCGUGGAGACCCCAUAUGGCUUUCACUUAGACCUGGACUUCCUCAAGUAUGUGGAUGACAUUGAGAAGGGAAACACCAUCAAGAGGAUUCCUAUCCACAGACGGGCCAAGCAGGCCAAGUUCAGCACUCUGCCCCGAAACUUCAGCCUUCCGGACAGCGGGGCCCGCCCCCAUGUAGCUCUACCCCGCCAAAACUGGUCCCCAGGGGUAUCAAGGAAGGCGCUGCUGGGGACUCGGGAGCAAACGCAGUCACUGCCCCUGGGUGAUCUCCCGCAGGCCUCAGCCAGCAGCAAUGAGCUGAGCUACCAUAGGAAGGCCCUGCUGGCAGAGGCCGCCAGGCAGCUGGAGACUGCUGCUCCCGCGAACACCGAGCUCGCCUCUGGGGGUGCACGACCCCACCUCCUGAGAGCGUCCAGCAUGCCGGCCACGCUGCUGCAAAGCAGGGCCCCAGAGGAGUUGAGCCUGAGCUCAGCGCCCCCGAUCCCUCCUGCCCUCCCUCCAGUGCCAGGUGAAAGCAGUGUCUGUGAUGGCACACUGGGCCCCGUGGGAGGGUUUGCAGCUGUGCACAGCUCCAGCCCAGGAGCAUCAACCAGAGAGUUGGGAGACCUGGGGCCCGGGAUCUCGGAGCUGGUCCUGGAGGCGGCCGAGCCUCCUGAAGGUGAAACGAAGGCUGUCAGUCACCUCCCUCUCCCAAGUCCUCCUUCCUCGUUCCCAAUGGCACUUGUGGUUCUGGAGGGUGCAGAAGACAAGACCAGAGACGCCGACACGGUGUUCACCCCCAGCUCCCUGACCCCAAGCCCUCCACCUCUGCCAUCACCCAUCCCUGAAAGUGAGCUGCCCCUAGAAGAAAUUGAGCUCAAUAUCAGCGAGAUCCCGCCCCCGCCACCUGUAGAGGUGGAGGUGAGAAGCAUUGGCAUUCGGGUAACAGAGGAAAGCCUGGGUCUGGCCGGGAUGGAUCCUGGCAGCAUUUCCAGCCUGAAGCAGCAGCUCUCAGCCCUUGAGGGUGAGUUGUCUGGAAGAACCAAGGAACUGGCUCAAGUCAGAGCUGCCCUGCGGCAACAGGAAGAGGAAACCAAGGCUAGGGAGCAGAGGAUUCAAGAGCUAGAGUGUGCUGUAGCCCAACUGGAAGCAAAGCUUAGCCAAGGGAGCACCAGAGAGGCUGAGGGCCAGACUGAUGCCACAGUGAAUACUGACCCUCUCCAUGGACUGGUGGCCAGGGAGUCAUGCGACAAGAGCAUUGGGGUCAACCUCGUGGGCAUCAUGGACACUGAAAGCUGGGGGGCCAGAGGGGAGGAGAAUGGCCUUCCAGGGGGGCAAGACAGUCACUCACAAGGACUCGCAGAGCAUGUGCCACCACCCCAGCUGUCACUGCCGCAGGGACCCAAGAGGGUCCUCACCUCCCCUUUACACAGCUGCCUCUCCACCGAACUCAGGAUCGAAGAAGCAGGCUCUGAGCAGGAAGGAGACCCUCGGGGAGGAGCUGAGGGCCUGGCCAGGGGAGCAAGAGGCUCUUCAUGGAGCAGCGAUGGAGCAGCUCCCCCAGCAGGAAGAGAGGAAGCCAGUUCUGAGCUCCCAGGCAAGGAGCGGCCAGGAAGACCACCAAGUUCUCCAACCGAUGCCACGAUUGGGCAGUAUGUGAAGAAAAUUCAGGAACUGCUGCAGGAGCAGUGGAACUGCCUGGAGCACGGGUACCCAGAGCUGGCCAGCGCCAUCAGGCAGCCGGCCUCCAAGCUCAGCAGCAUCCAGAGCCAGCUGCUGAGCUCCCUCAACCUGCUGCUGUCUGCCUACUCGGCCCAGGCCCCAGCGCAGAAGGAGCCCCCCGCUCCCUCCUCCCCGCCAGUGGAGAUCUCCCCGUCGACCAGCCUUAAAUCCAUUAUGAAAAAGAAAGACUAUGGCUUCCGUGCAGGAGGUAAUGGGACCAAAAAGAACCUUCAGUUUGUUGGGGUUAACGGUGGCUACGAGACCACCUCAAGCGAGGAGACCAGCGAUGAGGACAGCACCCCGGAGGACUUGUCUGAAGGCGAGGCUGAGAAGAAGCGUGACGGCCCGGAACACAGGCGGGCCAGGGAUGCCCACCCAAGCUGUGAACCCAGGCAGGGCAUCCCUGAGGACGCCAGCAACGCCGGCCAGGAAAGGGGGCCUGGGGACGAAGCCCCCCAUGCCAAGGCUGAGAGAUAUAAACCCUCGGAAGAAUUUCUGACUGCCUGUCGGGCCCUGAGCCAACACCUGCCAGAGACUGGGACCCUCACCGACGGACUCCCGAGGCAGAGCCUGAAUGCCAUCAGCCAGGAGUGGUUCCGCGUCUCCAGCCGGAAGUCGUCCAGCCCUGCCGUGGUGGCCGCCUACCUCCUUGGGGUCCAGUCUCUGUCCCCACGUCUCCUGAAGCUGCUUGUCAACUUGGCUGACCGCAACGGGAACACGGCCCUUCACUACAGCGUGUCCCACGCCAACUUCCCCGUGGUGAAGCUGCUGCUGGACACAGGUGUCUGCAAUGUGGAUCAUCAGAACAAAGCUGGCUACACUGCUGUGAUGAUCACACCCUUAGCUUCGGCGGAGACUGAUGAAGACAUGGCUGUCGUCUGGAAGCUCUUAAGGGAAGGAAAUGUGAACAUCCAGGCUACGCAGGGUGGCCAGACUGCGCUGAUGCUGGGAGUCAGCCACGACCGGGAGGACAUGGUGCGAGCGCUCCUGAGCUGCCAGGCAGACGUCAACCUGCAAGACCACGAGGGAUCCUCAGCCCUCAUGCUGGCCUGUCACCAUGGCAACGCCGACCUGGUGCGGCUGCUCCUGGCACACCCGGCCUGCGACAGCAAUCUGACUGACAAGGCUGGCCGCACAGCUUUGUCCAUCGCUCUGAACUCCCCCGCCCUCGUGGAAAUGGCAGGGCUUCUGCGGGCCCACGCGGAGCAGGGCAGGUCCCUGGGGCCGUAAGGGCUGCCGCAGCAGAAGCAGCAAGAACAAAAGCUCCUUCUCUGGACUCCUCCCUCGCCCUUGGAGAGAGCAGGGGUCAGAGCCAGAGGGCUGCCCCUCCAGAGAACAACUAUGUCAAAUAUGCACAUACAUUCCUCUUGUAUAUUCUGCUCAUUAGGACGCUUUGUAGUCUUUGCCUUUGGGGCCAAGCCCCAAAACUGCUCGGGCUUCAGAGCAGGGUGCAAAGUGCACGGGAGUGUGGGGUGUGCAUUGGUGUUGUCCAAACAUCUAAAACAUCUUCUGCCUUGAACUCCUCGUGACUCUCCCUUCUGUAGCAUCGUGUAGCAAGCAGGCAGGCAGGCAGGCUGGCACAGUC